CACGGCAUGUGGCAUCCGUGGAGGGAUCUGGCUGCUCUGAAGCUCCUCAAGCCAGACAUCGUUCUCUUUGUUGGCGACUUUGGAGAGGAGCAGGUGCAGCUGGUGCAGCAGGUGGCGGCAGUGAAGGCCAUGAUGGGCGCUGUGGGCGCGCAGGUGGAGGUGGCAGUCAUUCUCGGCAACCAUGACGCCUGGUUCCACAUGUUCAGGAAGGAGAGUGCGCCAUUGGUGGAUGCGGUGGAUAAGCUCACUCAGCAGCUUGAAGCCCUAGGCAGUCUGCACGUGGGGUACGGGCGGGUGGACCUCCCCCGGUGGCACCUGUCCAUCGUGGGAGCGCGCCCCUUCUCCUACGGCCCCUCCAGCUGGGCUAAGAGCUUCUACCGCACCAGGUGCGGCGUGCGCACCAUGAACGCCAGCACGGCAAAGAUCACAGAGACCAUCCGAGCAGCACCAGAUUCACACAGCGUUGUCGUUCUCGCACACAACGGGCCCGCCGGCUUGGGAUCUCAGCCGUGGGACAUCUGUGGCAAGGACUUUCCCUCCAAGGGGCUGCCACCAGGAGGAGACUUUGGGGACGAAGGUGAGAGGGAGGGUGGGGGCGUAAGGGCGAUCACAGCAUCGCUGGAGGACGGGCGGCACAUCCCACUGGUGGUGUUUGGCCACAUGCACCGCGACCUCUUCCCCUUCAACUACCGCUCGCGCACCACGCGGCAAGGAGAGGCUGUCACGCAGCGGCGCAUGGCUGCUGUGCUGCUGCACCCUCAUACCCCACCUUUCCCCUCGUCUGCUGAUUCCCCUCCAGCCGCUGCCACUCCGCCUGCAGUUCAGCAUAACGUCGCUGCCCCCCCAGCCACACUCGCUGUGUCUGCUGCUCGUACUACUACUCAUUCUCCCUCCACCAAUUAUGCCAGCACCCAUCGCAGCACCUAUCCCAGCGCCCAAGCCAGCAGCCACACAGUGUUUCUCAAUUCUGCAGUUGUGCCGCGGAUAGUCUCUCUUGACGAGGAGCAUUUCACCCAAACCUCUGGGCCAGGCUUGGCAGUGUACCCGGCUCUUGGUUCGGAGCCACUCGACGCAACCCCAGGACUAUUUCUGCCGUACCUGAAAGGAGUGGAAGGGAGAGGGGGCAGUGGGUCGGAGGGUAUAGCGAUAGGCGUAUGCAGAGGCAUGGAGGGGUUAAAGAUGGGUGAUGCGAGGGAUGGCAAGGGAGAGAGGGAGGCGCAGGUGCCGGUGCAAACAGGGUGUGCGACAGAUGAUACCUCACUUGCUGAGAUGCUACUACAACGUGUGGUGGCUAGUGUGAGGGGUGACGAUGGGGAGGGGCGUGGCGAGGGGCAUGUGGAUGGGGAGGGGUGUGGGGAGAUGUGCGGUGGAGACGGGGGAGUGGAAAGGGUUAAAGCAGCAGAAGCAGUGGUGUGGGAAGAUGAGGUGCGGUGGGAGGGGGGGGAUGAAGUAGCAGUGGGAGAAGUGAUGGGGGGAAGGGAUGCAGGUGCAGCCCCGUCGCUGCACCACUUUGUGCUGGCUCACCUGGCGGUGCAGGGACCAUUAGAGCAGGGCCAGAGGUGGUGGAUGCCUGUAAUGUGUACAACGGCGUGGAAUGGGGAGGAUGCUGUGCAUCUCUUUGCGUCUCUGUAG